GGCCGUAGAAUAGUCACAGGCGAACCGCUCUCUUCUCCAACACUCUUUGGUUCUCAAUUCUACGAAGAACAAAACCCAGACACCCAAAAGGCGAGGAGAGAGAAAGAGAAUCCAUGGCGACUUCAAAGCUUCAAGCUCUUUGGAACCAUCCUGCCGGCCCUAAAACCAUUCAUUUUUGGGCCCCGACUUUCAAAUGGGGCAUUAGUAUAGCUAAUAUUGCUGACUUUGCUAAACCACCAGAGAAUAUAUCAUAUCCUCAGCAAAUAGCGGUCACGGCCACUGGAAUAAUAUGGUCUCGCUACAGUACUGUAAUUACUCCAAAAAAUUGGAAUCUUUUUAGUGUAAAUGUGGCUAUGGCGGGAACUGGUAUCUACCAACUUUCCCGAAAGAUCAAGAACGAUUAUUUCCAAGAGGGGGAACCUGUGGCUGCUAAGGAAUGAUGACGAAAAGCUAAAAAAUAAACCAAAAAAGGAAGUUCUAUGCCAUUCUCUGGCUUAGAUCCGUAUUUUUUCCUUGUUCUUUGCUGGUUGACAAUGUAAUGAUUUCCGUUUUAUGUAUCCGAUUUGAGAGCAAAUUUUGACGAGUUGAUUCUUGAGCAAAUUGUGAGGCACUUUGUAAUGCACAUUUCAGUAUCUCAUAAAUCUGAAAAUCAAGUUCCUCCUAUCA